GCCGCCAUUUUGGAGCCAGCCUUGCUCCCGCCGCCCGCUGUCAGCGCAGCCCCGGCCGCGCCGCCCCUCCUCGCUCCGCGGCCCUAUGCCCGCGGGGAACCUCGCAGCCAGGCAGCGCCUCACCGCGGGCCGGAGGGCAGCGCCGGACCCCCGACAGCAGCAGGCUCCAACAAAACACAAUUCCUGCUUUCCUCAUGGCUUUGUGUGCUCCAUCUUUCCCAGUAAUAUUGAGCUAUGGGUGCAGUGCAGCACCAAGGAUAGAGAAAAAGAAUUCACACUGGAUGAAGAUAAUUAUCUGAAGCUGGGUAUAUUCCAGGAACCGUAACCCAAAUGUUUCUCUGUCUGUGGAGAAGAUCUCAAGUUUGAAAUCACUUCUACUGAAGCUAGGUGUGUGUCCCAUCAUCAUGUUCUGGAAGUUUGAUUUGAACACGACGUCGCACGUGGAUAAGCUGCUGGAUAAAGAAGAUGUGACACUUCACGAGCUGAUGGACGAAGAUGACAUCUUACAGGAGUGCAAGGCACAGAACCGCAAGCUGCUGGACUUCCUCUGCCAGCAGCACUGCAUGGAGGAGCUGGUCAACCUCAUCACACAUGAGCCCCCCAUGGACAUGGAUGAGAAGGUCCGCUUCAAAUACCCCAACACCGCCUGCGAGCUGCUGACCUCGGACGUGCCCCAGAUCAACGACAAGCUCGGUGGGGAUGAGACCCUGCUCAACAUCCUCUAUGACUUCUUGGAUCACGAGCCACCCCUGAACCCACUGCUUGCCAGCUUCUUCAGCAAGACCAUCGGGAAUCUCAUCGCAAGGAAAACAGAGCAGGUGAUCGCAUUCCUAAGGAAAAAGGACAAAUUUAUUAGCCUGGUGCUAAAGCAUAUAGACACAUCAGCCAUGAUGGACCUCCUGCUUCGCCUGAUCAGCUGCGUGGAGCCCGCGACGCUACGGCAGGAAGUGCUGAACUGGCUUAACGAAGCAAGAAUUAUUCAGAGACUUGUGGAGCUGAUCCAUUCAAGCCAGGAUGAGGAUAGGCAAUCAAACGCUUCCCAGACCCUGUGUGAUAUCAUAAGAUUGAGCAGAGACCAGAGCAAUCAGCUGCAGGAUAUACCUGAGCCUGAUCCACUUCUCACCGCACUGGAAUCGCAGGAAUGUGUGGAGCAACUCCUGAAGAAUAUGUUUGAUGGAGAGCAGACUGAAAAUUGCAUAGUGAAUGGAACGCAGGUUCUGCUAACGUUGCUGGAAACGAGGCGUUCUGGGGUGGAAGGACUGAUGGACUCAUACACUCAGGGAUUUGAAAGGUCUUACACUGUCAAUAGCAGCAUCUUACAUGGCAUUGAACCGAGGCUAAAAGAUUUCCACCAGCUGCUGCUCAGCCCUCCCAAGAAAACAGCAAUCCUGACUACAAUUGGUGUCCUGGAGGAGCCUCUGGGCAAUGCUCGUCUUCACGGAUCUCGCCUGAUUGCUGCUCUGCUCCACACAAACACUCCCAGUAUUAAUCAGGAACUAUGCAGACUCAGUACCAUGGAUUUAUUACUUGACUUAUUUUUUAAAUACACGUGGAAUAACUUUUUGCAUUUCCAAGUGGAAUUGUCCAUAGCAGCUAUUCUCUCACACUCUGUGCAAGAGGGAAGAACUACUGCCAAUGACUCAGAAAGCAGAGAAGAGGUGCUGAAUGGAAACGUGACCACGGAGAACCAAGAAACUCCAGAAAACAACACGGAGAAUAUCAUGGUUACUCAUUUGUUCCAGAAGUGCUGCUUAGUGCAAAGGAUACUGGAUGCCUGGGAAGCCAACGACAAAAUACAGGCAGAAGGGGGAAUGAGGCGAGGCAACAUGGGCCACCUCACCCGCAUCGCCAACGCCGUGGUGCAGAACAUGGAGAAGGGCCCCAUGCACACCCAGAUCAGUGAGUUCAUCAAAGAGCUACCUGAGGACUGCAGAGGGAGAUGGGAGAGCUUUGUAGAAGAGACACUGACAGAAACAAACAGGAGGAACACGGUGGAUUUGGUGAGCACUCACCAUCUGCACUCUUCCAGUGAGGAUGAGGACAUUGAGAGUGCUUUUCCCAAUGAGCUUUCUCUCCAACAGGCCUUCUCUGAGUACCAAAUCCAGCAGAUGACAGCAAACUUCGUGGAUCAGUUUGGCUUUAAUGACGAGGAGUUUGCUGACCAGGAUGAUAAUAUCAAUGCUCCUUUUGACAGGAUUGCAGAGAUAAACUUCAACAUAGAUGCAGACGAUGACAGCCCCAACGCUUCCCUCUUCGAAGCCUGCUGCAAUGAGAGGAUCCAGCAAUUUGAUGAUAACGAAGAAGAAGAAGAUAUCUGGGAAGAGAAGGAGAUAACCUAUGCAACACAAGUUAAAUCGAGAACGAGGUUUGGAGCAUCUCAGGCCUCAGAGAGUUCAUCAAAAAGCGAUCUUGAGAACGGAGACCACGAUGGCAGCGUGGACUCGGAAGAAGAGGAGGAAACAGAACAGCAGGUGCCUUCUUCCUCAGCUAACAGCAACAAGAGCAAUGCUGCAGAGCAGAAAGAGCCCGACUCUUCUGAAGGCUCCGGGUGGACCGCAGUGUUUGAGCCCGUCAGCUCGAAGCCCCCCACCCCCUGCGUGGCCAUGGAUGUUGGAUCCAGUGUGUGGGACUCAGCAGCCCCAGAGAACGCGGCACCGGAGAAGGGGUGGGCCAAGUUCACGGACUUCCAGCCCUUCUGUUGCUCCGAAUCGGGCCCACGGUGCAGUUCUCCUGCAGACACAGAAAGCAGCGAUUCGGACGGCAACCCGAAGCAGAGUCAGGACAAGAACUUCAGCACGGCCUCUCCCUGCGUCUGGAACGUCUGCGUCACGCGGAAGGCACCGCUGGUGGCCUCGGACAGCAGCUCCUCGGGCGGCUCAGACAGCGAGGAUGAGGAUGAGAAAGGAGACGUCGUCACAGAGACCAUCAGCACAGGUGCAGGCCAGGAAACAGUCAAGCUGACGAUGGAUGCAAAGAACGAGAAGGCCGUUUUCACCAGAGUCUUUAGACCUGCAGGCAGAGGCGAUGCGGGCUGCAUGGUGAUUGAUAAGCUGACCAUCACAGACAUGGGAACGACCAAAGCAUCCAAACCACUGAACAACGCUGCCCAGCACCCAGAGGAGCACCAGAACACAGCGCCGGUCACGGAAACGGCCACGAAAGACAGGAAAGAAGAAGCCUUGCCUUGUGCUGAAGCCACAUUAAAUGGCCCUGCUUGAUGACACAGAUGCAAUGGGACGUGUGUGAUCCAGGCCAGGCUGCUACCUGGUGAUGCAAUUUGUCCUUUUUUUUUUUUUCCUUUUUUUUUUUUUUUUUUUUCCCCCCCCCCCCCCAUUUUAAUUUUAUUUUUUAAUAAAUGCUGCAUUGAUGAGAGAGCUGGCAUUCAGGACCAGACCCGGAGUUUCAACGCCAACAAUCUGUUCUGAAAAGACACUCGCAUUGUCUAAAUGUAGCAUCCAUCGGUUCGUCGUCAUCACAGGAAUGAUGGGAUUCUUCCCCAGCAAGCCUUCUGCCUAACUUCAGUUCCUGUCCCCUCCCCUUCUCUCCCUUGGUUUUGUUUUGUAUUUGGGGUUCAAGUCCUAUUUUCUUAGUGUUAUUGCACACAGUAUUCAGCUUCUCUUCAGAAAGGUAGCAGGUCUAACGCUGGGACACGGACAGCACGCAGCAGUCCCGCAGUCGUGUGACCAAAGUUCCUGAUGGAGCUGCCCUCGGGGGGCAGCAUUUGCACCGCUUUUUGUAUAGCAAUAAAGCCUUAUCAGAAACAUUUCAUAGGAGGAAAAGAUGCAAACACUUUAAACGGGACGAGGCAGGGAGGGGUUUUCUUUUUAUUUUUUUUCUUUUGUGUGGGAUGGGAGGGAUCUCACUGACGUCGUCCCAAGCCAGAGGCCAGGUAGCUUAACCUGCUGUCAUGCUGAACUGUCUCGAGAAGCAGCCAGGCUCUGCGUGGCUCCGGUGAAUUGAUUGCUCCGUGCUCUGUCAGUGAGAGGCAGCCUGGUUCUCUGCACGACCUCGGGUUGGCCUCUGCUGCCUGAGCCAUCACAGCUCCACCUCCCAGAUGUGCUCCGUUGGCUGCAGAGGAUGCAAAGAAGGUAACGAGGCCGAGAGGAGGGCGAUGCGCCGGACUGCUGCCCUGCGGGAGCAAGAGCAGAUAUGGCACAAACAGGUUAUCAGGUGUUUGCUGGCUUUUUUGGAGACUAUUGUAUUUUCAAAUGAUUAUUACGAAAAUCCUUUUUUUUUUUUUUUUUCUUUUUUUUUUGUCGUCGUUUUUUUUUUUUCCCUUUUUUUUUUUUCCCUUUUUUUUUUUUCCCCUUCUGUUUGUUUUUGUUCUGUUUUUAAAGUUUUUUUUUUAAUGGAUGCAGGAACAGCAACACUUUUGCACUUUGUACCUAGCAUUGGACAACAUUGGAGAAUGAAAUGGCCCCAGCACAGGACUCCUGCUGUUACUUUACCCCCCCUUCCCCCCUCCCUGGGGCAGGCGGUCGUGGUGAGCUGGGGGACGUGGGAUGGUUGAGCACAGCAACACACAGCACCGGACUGCACCUCACGCUGCCUGGGAGCAAGGUCAGUUACAGAGAUGGGUGCUUACCCACGCAGCACAGGACCUGCCAUGGACCUGUAAGGACCGUGCCAGCUCUGCUCUGGUUUUUACCCCUGCGUUGAGCUCCUUCCCAGACGGACUCGUGCACACAGAUCAUACAGCUGUAGCUGUUGGGCCGCUGCAGCCCCGAGCUGCGGGUGGUGGCAAUGGGUCACCACCCCCUGCCAGCCUGCCUGGUGUGUAAGCCGUGUGCUGGCACCAACCCAUCAGCAUCCAGCGCUGCUUCUUUCGUUAGAUCUGAGCUGGAAGACCGUUCACUUUGGAAUAAAAGCAUGAAGCUCGACACGUAGGUAGCCAAAUAGCUUCUUUUCCAAUGUAUUCCCACCUGUGCAUAACGAGAGACUUGACCCUGUGAGUAUGAGAAGUACCUCGCUCCGAUCUGUUGUUACGAGCAAAGGGCAUCCUAGCCAGACUUCGGGCUCCAAGGAAGACACAGCCUUUCUUUUUAACUGUGAUCUGUAUGUCGUGCACGUGAGGUUUUCCUAACCGUGCUGAGAGGCACCGGGUGUGUGUUGGGGGUGAGACGGACGCAACGCUUUCACUGCUCGAGUCGUUCUGCUCUGCAGGAUCGGUGUCCGAUGGCGACGCACCCUCAGCACGAGGCUGUUGGAUGCCCAAGCCUUACACCUUCCCAUUGUCGCCCUUGGGGAAGGUGUGGGUUCAGAGCACCAGAGCUGGAGAUGGGAUCACGGGAGGCGGUGUGAAAGCAAAGCACCGGGGCUGCGUGCUGCUGACGGCUGUGAUUUCUCCCAGCUGCAAUCCCUCGGUGCUCGCGUGGCACAGCACUGUUGUUCUGGAGCUCUUCCCCCUCCCUCCUCCUAACUUAGAAGAGAUAAUUUAAAGAUGCUUCGUGCUGGAAGGAGACCCCUCACUUUCUGCUUCGUUACCCUGCUUGCUCCUUAGAGACCUGUCCCACUCUCGGCCAGGAUGAGUAGUUUGGGGUUCCUCAUUGGCAACGUGUUUGAUUAAGUCUUAACUUUCAGAGGAUUGGUGCUAGAGAUUUUCUGGAAAUCAGGUUUGGGGGCGUUCCUUAAACACCCAAAAACGAUGCUCUAGGAAAGCGUUCAUUAAAUACUGAUCCCUGCAGCUGGUGGAAAGCCGUGAUGGGGUUCAGUCCCAGUAACUUCCAGGUGGUGACAGCGUUCUUACCCGGUCCCUUCUCACGUACAGCCCCAUCAGCAGCAGGCACAAUGGGAUCUUCCUCCCGGUGUGAGAUGCUUUCAGCUCCCUUCUUCUCCUGAUACACCCAUCUUUGCAUGAGAUGCUGCCAUGCCCUUGCACCGCGGUGCUGGCCGAUAUCACAGCAGCUCUGCUCCGCUGUCCCUGCAUGCUGUGUUGUGUUGGGGUUGGCUUUGGAGGAGCAGAGCAGCCCGGGAUGUCCCAGAGGUGUGCAAGGAUUUCUCUGUCUGUGCCUUCCGUUGCCCUCUCCCUCCCACCUUUUGGCUUUGAGUCUGUAAGUCUAAAGGGAAGCUGGUAAUGACGUCUUUCAAACCCAGCAGUGAGCAGACUGCAAGCGUGGUGUACUUACUGAGGGACUCACAGCACCAACCAGAGGCUUCCUCCCCGCUGGGUUUAGGGCUCUGCAGUGCAGAACAGACCCGGAGGUGGAUGGCAGCCCCAUGCCUGGCUCGGGUGACGUUGGAUGCAAAGUGGGCAUCGUGGGGAUCGGCUUAGCCCAACUGUAUCCAUGAGAAAAGCCUCCCCACCUGUGCUAUUUGGUCAGGAAGCAAUGAAGCCCGAAGUUACACCUAGCCCUGUCCUUCCUCUUCUACGUGCAGCGUUUGGAAUCUGUCCGUGUCUGUAUGGUGUAUGGAGUUUCGGUUUUGGACGCGUGUGAGUGUGUCUAUGGAUACAUAUCUGCAGUACGUGUGCUUCCAUCCGUGUUUAUACGCACACAGUCGGGCGUUGCAAGCUGGAGCAGUGAGAUGUGGUCCGAGAGCGAGGUGGAAACUCAGGGGGGGAGGGGGGGGAAGGGGGGGUCGAAUCAACGUUUCUCUUUGCUUUGGUUUUUAAUUGGACCUCGUGCUUGAAUUCUUCCUCGCUGCACACUAAGAGCAGCGAAGGCAGAUUGCCGGUGCUGCAUUCCCUCUCCAUACCUGGGGGGAAAGUGUAGCGUUGAGUUCCGGGCUGGAAUCCCAUUGCUGGUCCCCGGAGAGGUGAGGUCCUCUCUCCAACCCACACGUAGGUGAUCAAUCCCUCUUAUUACAGCGUGCCACGGCCCAGCCGGGCGCUGCGAGCUCUGAGCACAGGGUUGGCAGGUUCCAAAACCGUUCACAAGGAGGGUUUGGGCUGCGAUUUUACCUCUGCAUGGCAAAUUGCAAAAAGAAACCUUCGGUCGGGGCAGCCGUGCGUCGUUAGCUAAUUAUGGACAGUGCCUUAGCUUCUCUCCAGGAUUAUGCACCGUUUCUAUAGGUCUGAGCUGAAGCGGGAGCCUCCAGAAGCACACGCCGUGCGUUAAACCAUCUCUGCAAAUGCGUUUCGGUGGUGUGGCUGAAGUUGGCAGGCCGCAGGGAGUGAGGAGGUGACCUCUGGGUGAUGGUUUCCCUCCGUGGCAGCUGCCGGCGGUGCCAUCCGAUGGGCCGUUCCCAGGACCCCGAGCAGCUCUUGCUACGUACGUAUGCACAGAAACCUCCUGCCGGAUGGAUCGUGAGCAACGAAGCCCCAACGUGUUCACUUAUCUCACCCAGAGCUCACUUACCUCACUGCUGGAAGGGCAUUACGGUACCGCUCCGACCUCUCCAUCGAGCGUUGUACAAAGGUUGACCCUUUCCCAAUGACUGUUACCUGUCGCCUUUUCCCAGCCUGUGUAUAAAGAUGUUGGUGAGAUGCA